AUGUCUGCAGGACCGGUUCCUGAAAUCUCUGCUAGCGGACCUCCUCACCCCGAAUUGUAUUCUCUUGCAGGUAGUUCAAUUGACGGCACAGGCGCAGCUAGCCUGGGGAAGCCAGAUCUCCUGGUGAGUCCCGCCAUGGAUCACGCAAGCUCAAACGAUGAUGGGCUCGCCACAAACACGAACCACUCCCGCAUGCACAAUCGUAAUCGCUCCAGCGUCGAUGGCACCAAAUACAAAGAUGGACAAUGGUCGCCUGAAAAUGAGAGAAUUGUUAUGGGGCCGUACGACUAUAUGCUACAGCACCCCGGCAAGGACAUACGGCGGCAGCUCAUCAACGCCUUCAAUAUGUGGUUAAAGGUACCUCCGGAGAGCCUUUCGAUCAUCACAAAGGUGGUGGCCAUGCUUCAUACUGCAUCGUUACUGAUCGAUGAUGUCGAAGACAACUCCAUUUUGCGACGAGGUAUCCCAGUAGCCCAUAACAUAUACGGCACCGCGCAGACCAUCAACUCUGCGAAUUAUGUGUAUUUCCUCGCUCUGCAAGAGGUGCAGAAGUUGAACAACCCCGCUGCGAUUGACAUCUAUGUUCAAGAGUUACUGAACCUACACCGCGGUCAAGGAAUGGAUCUCUUCUGGCGAGAUACCUUGACUUGCCCCAGCGAGGACGAAUAUUUGGAGAUGGUCGGCAACAAAACUGGUGGUUUGUUCCGACUUGCAGUGAAAUUAAUGCAGGCCGAAAGUAGCUCCGGCAAGGACUGCGUGAGCCUUGUCAACGUCAUGGGACUGAUUUUCCAAAUCUGCGACGACUAUCUCAACCUGUCCAACACUACGUACACCAAGAACAAAGGUCUUUGUGAAGACCUCACGGAGGGAAAGUUCUCCUUUCCCAUCAUCCAUAGUAUCCGCUCCAACCCCGGAAACCAUCAGCUCCUCAGCAUUCUCAAGCAAAAGACGAAAGAUGAAGAAGUCAAGCUGUAUGCAGUCAGUUACAUGGAAAGUACAGGCAGUUUCGCGCACACGCGGGACGUAGUCCGAGAAUUGCGAGCCAAAGCACUGACCCUCAUCCAAGCGAUCGAUGGUGAUCAAGCAGAUGGACGUGAGGACGGCGCCAUGGUCCGGGCGAUCCUCAACAAGAUCACCGAAUCGACACUGGGGGAGUGUGGUCCCCAGUAA